UGUUAGAACGAAGGCCAGUCACUUAAUCUGGGUCUUUUAGCUCCUCCAUUUGGAACAUAGUGAGCUUCUCCCUGAGAAAGGGGAAAUCUGUGCAGAGGAGAUAACAGAUUGCAUUUCGUCCAGUUCAACACACAGGGCACGAAGUGUUGGGGCCUGGGCCAGGCUCCACAGGCCUGGCAGCAGAUGAAUGCCCUGCAGUGUGAGGAGCGCUGGAACAGCUCCAGAAACAGGGCACUGUGGCCCCCCAGGAGGGACAGUCACGAAGGGCUUCCCAGAGGAAGUGACACUGAGCUGACUCUAGAAGGAUGAACACGGGUUCCUCACGUGGAGGAGACAGGGAAGGGAGCUCCAUGCUGAGGGGGCUGCGUGUACAGCGACACAAGAGGCUUGUGCUUGUAGGGUCUGGGAGAAGUUCCUUGUGGCUGAUAGCAGACUGGUUCCAGAGCUCAUUCUGGCAUCCGUGUGGAGGUGACUGGGGAGUGACAGGCCUCAGGCAGGGACACUGCGCAAGAUGCUGUGGUUGAAGUCCCGGCAGGAGCCUAUGGAUCGUCUUGUUAAAUCACCAGGAGGGACAGAGGUCUUGCAGAUGGCCCCACUGCCGGGGGCGGAGCUGGUCCAGAGGCCGCUGCAGCUCUACCGAUACCUACUGCGCUGUUGCCGGCAGCUGCCAACCAAGGGCAUUCAGGAGCAUUAUAAGCAUGCGGUCAGGCAGAGUUUCCGGGUUCAUUCGGAUGAAGACAACCCAGAGAGGAUCCAGCAGAUUAUUAAAAGAGCCAUUGAAGAUGCCGACUGGAUCCUGAACAAAUAUAAAAAACAAAACUGAGACUCCAGGGCCUAAAGAGUGAAGCUGCCUUGCAGACGCUGACACUGGGAGCCCUCGCUUCGCCUGGCGCUAACACAGCAGCAGUUUGGAAUACACUGGCCUUGUGGGCCGGGAGCAGGAAAUCAGGGGUAGGAGAAGCUGACAUUUGCUCACACGGCUCGUCUCACCAUGUUUGUGUCCCCAGCGUCCUUGGUGCGUGCUUUUCCAGCUGGUUAUGAUGGGAGAUUUGGGGAGAAUGUGUUUUCUCACUUUGCUCUGGACGUCAUUCGUGGAGACCCAGGGCUGGCGUCCCCUCAGAUGGCAGCCUGAGAGGACAGGGCAUGGAUUUUGGAAGCAGACAGACCUGGAUUUGAAUCCCAGCUCAGCUGCUUUUUAAGGGUGUUGGUUUUGAGCCCAGUUUCCUCCUUUGUGAGGAUUAAAUAAGGUGAAAUCAAGAGCCUGACGCCGGACACAGCACAUGGUGGGGCCCCUAAACCUCCCCUGGGGAAGCUGUGCUCCGCGGUGGCCCGCACGUCUCUCUGGUACCCUCCACACCAGGUCUUAGUUCCUUGUGGGCUUGUCCUGGCCCACCUGUGGCCCCAGGCCCCCAAGCCAUCACAACUGCACAGUGUCCAGCGGUGCGCCCAGCUGCUGCUCUUCCUUACACCAACCCUCCCUGCCCACAGAGGCCCUCACAGGGUUUCUAGUGUCCCAGAGGCGGGGACACAGCCUGCCUGAGACAAGGAGGAACGCCAGAGCAGCUGCAGUAGGUGCCGGCGUGUUCAGGCUGCUGUGAAGUUGCCAUCUGUUUUGACCUGUCCUUCCCUGCUUUGCCUCCAUCUCAGAAGGAAAGCUGGGGGAGCCUGCACGCAGUCAGGGCGUUAUUGUAAGCCUGACAUUGGUGGAGAAAGCAGACCUGGGUCACGUCCCAAUCCCACGCGAGUUACUCUUGGGCAGCUUGCUGCGCCUCCCUCAGCCUCGGUUUCCCCAUCUGUCUGUCCAGCAAGUAAUGCACGUGCCUGCCUCCUGGGGCCAAGGUGAGGCAUCACAGGCCCUCAUGUGUGCCAAGCGCAUCACCCAGAACCAGCAGUGUGGCUGCCGCCAGCUGCCCCGUUAGGAGCCCUGCUGUGCAGCUGGGGAGAUGGGAGCUCAGAGAGGUUGAGCCCCUGUUCGAGGUCACCAAGCUACGAAGCCACGUCUGUGAAUCUACCAAACAGUCUAGAUUUAGGAGGAAGAGAGCACAGCAGAGAAAGAGGGAAGGAGUGAGAGGGACGGAGGGGAAGGGAGGAGAGAGCAGCAGGGAGCAUCAGGGUAACUGGCCCCAGCAGGUUGAGCUGCCAGAAGAUGCGGAGAGAAGCCACAUCUGGGUGGGAGCAUCCCCCAAGGACUCAACCAGAGGAUGAGCUCGCAUGUGUGCCUUUGCAUCCUUGCAGUCGUGACUUAAAGUGACUCAGAUACGUCUGUCCCUCAGCUCAUCAGCAGAUGAUGAAGUAAAUGCAUGAGUAUGUGAAAGCUGGGGGGUAUGCUGUCCCUGCUGUGUGCUGUCAUACAAGGCAUUGAGGGUUAGACACAGAUAGCUGCCCAGGAGGGACCAUUCCUCAGAGUCUUAUUAAUUCAUUGAUCGAAAGGUCCAGUACUAGGUAAAAAUAAAAUUUUAGAACUUGAAUUAGGGUUGAGGUGUCUCCCCUCUUCCGGUUGGGGUCUGCUGCAGUGGGAAGGCUGCUGUCAGAGAUGGGGGACAUGGGUGGGUGGGCUUUGCUAGCUUGGGGGUGGGGUGGGAGCCUGGGCUGGGGUCAUGCCAGGCAGAAGAGCAGUUUAAGCAAAGGCUCAAAAUAGCACCACUUGCUCGGGAAUUCCCAUGCUGCUCUGGGUGGUUCAGACACUGGACAGAAGAGGUAGUUUUGGAAUCAUCUCCUUGUGGCAUUGUCUCACACCUGACAGUGGACCCCUUAAGGGCAGGGACCACAUUUUGCUGGUCAGUGCAAAAUGUGGCCAGCUGUGUGCCUGUUGCCCAGGUGGUGAGCUGUAAGCAUUUGUUGCGUGGAAGAAUGUUAAUGCCAGGCAAACUGAUGUGUCUCUUUUGUUAGAGUUUUUAUUGAUUUCUAAUAAUGAGGGAGGCUGGCAGGUGGUGACUAUUUGUUGGCCAAGCACUGGUUUGUGUGUGUGUGUGUCUUCUUGUCACUGAUGCUCAAAUAAAGUUUUAGUAUUAUUGUGAAAGUAACUUCGACUUCAAGAAUCCCCUAAAAGGGCUUCAGAGAUUCCCAGGAGUCCGUGGGUCACACUUGAGAAUCACUGUCUCUAGUUGUAAUCUGAAUAAAGCAGAAUACAAGGAAGA